AUGAGUAAAACAACUAUCACGGAGACGACUCUAACCGAGUUGAUUGAAAAUUCUCCCAGGUUGCGGAAUGUGAAACAGAAGUUAUCAAAGCAUAAACAUGGGUCAAGAGAAUACUAUCAGGCUCUAUAUUCGAACUUGGUAUUAGCGAAAAGCGCCAAUUACAAAGAGUAUAUCAGACAGCAAAGUGUGCCAUUACCGGGCACGGAUCAUGUCAAAGGGUUCAGUGCCAUUUAUCGUAACAGUAUUUCUCCAGAGAAGCUUGUAUCCGCGAUAGACAGUAAUUUGAAUACAGGUUACAAAUUAUUCUCAAUGGCAGCUGAUAUAUUCGCCGAUAAUGAUUGUCUUGGUGAAAGAGUGUACGAUAAGUCGACUGGCAAAUGGUCAGAUCAUUACGUUUGGGAAUCCUAUAAACAGGUUCAAAAAAGAUCUAGGGAUCUUGGAGCAGGUAUCAUUUCUUUGGUCAAUGGGAGAAGAAAUAAACCUUUUGAUUCUACGGAUUUUAUCGUUGCUAUCAUGUCAACGAAUUGUAAAGAAUGGAUCUUGACAGACUUGGCUUGUCAAACAUUUAGUUUGGCCAAUACUUCAUUGUACACUACAUUAGGAGAAGAAACUUCUGAGUACAUCAUGAACUUGACCGAAUCUCCAGUUCUUGUUGUACAAAGUUCAAACUUGCUGAAAGUAUUGUCUUAUGUCCCACAGUUGAAAAAUCUCACUACUUUGAUCAGUAUUGACGACUUGAGUGAUUCAGAAUUAAGGAACAUUAAUGAAAACUUUUUAGAUGGUGUUAAACUUUUCACUUUGAAACAAGUGGAACGAAUUGGAUCUUUACUCAAACUUGAUCCAAUCCCUCCAACUCCGGAUUCUCUUUAUACAAUUUCAUUCACUUCUGGAACCACUGGUAUGCCAAAGGGAGUUGAGUUAUCCCACAAGCAUCUUUCAUCUGCCGUGGCAUUCGGAAAAUCAAACUUUGACCUACCUUCUGUGGAACUGACGAAGACGAAGCAACAUUAUGAGCUUUGUUUCCUUCCUUUAGCUCAUAUUUUACAAAGGGAACUUACAGCAAUCUCGUUGUCGUCCGGAUUUGGUUGCGGCUUCAUGCAUAUUCCGGACCCCAGUUAUUUGACAGAGUGCUUACGAAUUUUGAAACCAACUAUCAUGGGAGUUGUUCCAAGAAUAUUGACUAAGAUGGAAUCUGGGAUCAAAAACUCUUUGAACAGUGACGAGGUAUCCAUGAUAACUAAAAACAUUGCACACAAUAUAUUGGAUGCGAAAUUAAGCCGUUUUCAAAGUAGGGGUGGACCAGACGAUUCUUUGAUAAACUCAUUUGUUUACCAUAAGAUUUUGAUUGACAAGAUUAGGCACCAAUUGGGAUUUGAUAAUUUGGAGAUCAUGAUUAUCGGUUCUGCACCUGUCUCUAAUGAAACUUUGAUGUUCAUGAGAAGUUGUUUGGAUAUCGGUAUUAAACAAGGUUACGGUCUUACGGAGACAUUUGCGGGGUUAUGUAUCGCUGAAACUUAUGAACGUGAUGUUGGUUCUUGCGGUGCCCCUGGUGUAUGUUGUGAAAUCAGACUAAAAUCGGUGCCAGCCAUGGGGUACGAUGCUGAAAAAGAACUGAAAGGUGAGAUUCUCACCAGAGGUCCUCAAUCCGUCAUACAGUACUACAAGAAUCCAGAUGCCACUAAGGCUGCCAUUGACAAAGAGGGGUGGUUCAGCACUGGUGAUAUUGGUUUUAUUGAUAAGAAGGGUAGAAUUCAUAUCAUUGACCGUGUAAAGAAUUUCUUCAAACUAGCACAAGGUGAAUAUAUUGCCCCCGAGAAAAUCGAGAAUAGCUAUCUAUCGAAUUGUCCUGAAAUCACCCAAAUCUUCAUUCACGGUAAUUCGUUAGAAACAUUUUUGGUAGCUAUCAUCGGUAUAGAACCCGCUUCAUUACUGGAAACAUUAAGCAGUCAUUAUGGCGUGAAAAUGAAAGGACUAUUCCCCGAGGAAUUAGUUAAUAGGAUCAACUCUGAUAGAGCUCUCAAGGUAAAAGUUUUGACACUCUUGAAUCGUAACGUUUCAAAGUUGCAAGGAUUUGAAAAGGUUCAUAAUAUACACGUUGGUAUAGAGCCUUUAAAGAUCGAGGAUGAUAACAUAACUCCAUCCUUCAAAGUUAAGCGGAAUAAAUGUGCUAAAUUUUUCGAGGAUGAAAUCAAACGAAUGUAUAAGGAAGGAUCAUUGAUCAAAUCUAAUAAGUUGUGA